ACACAGCCGGAGAACAUCUCCUCCUCAUUUCACUCCGCCCGGGCGCUCGUCGGGCUGCGGGAGCGUCGCGCUGCUCAGAUACCUCGACCCGUUUAAACUUGCGCCCCAUUCGUCCCGGGUGUUCGCGUGCUGCGGCGGGAGCGCGGUGCUCAUUCGGAGGGCGCGCGGGGGAGAAGCAGGGUGAGCAAAGCGGGAAAGAGAGACAAUUCGAUCUCCCAAGAAAUCCGCGAGCGGCGCGAGGAGGAGGAGGAGGAGGAGGAGGCGCGCACCUGUCCACAAGCCCUCACUGCGGUACGCGCGGGGCUGCCGCUGGAGAUUCCAAACCGAGCGUUAAUGUGGAUUCUGGAGUCUGGAGUCUGACUGUUUCCCCCCCCACCCCCCACCUCCCGAACCUCAACGGCUUUUCUUCGCUCCCCCGCCUCCCCCCCCCUUCCCCCCUGCUCGUCUCCGGUGUUUGACACCUUAACCGAGAGGAAUACUACCUAUUUACCGGAGGGUGGGGAGGAGGCGGGAGGGAGGUGAGGCGCCUUUGGAGCGGGAGAUCUUCACGGGCAGACAGGUGGAUUUAUCCGUGUGGUGCUGUAUUUUUUUUUUUUUUGGAGGGGGGUGGUGGGAGGGAUGGGGGGUAGGGGGGCGCACUGGAUGGAGGAGAAAUUGAUGGAUUAAUUUGACGGAGGAGAGUCGUACGUGAUUCCCACUCCUGCCGAGGGCACUCGAAUGGAGUAACAGGCUGCAAUGUCAUCUCCACCUGGCCGCCUGGAGAGAUGUGUCACGGGAAUGGGAUCAAGUUUGAACACUUUUCCUCUGGUUUCACCGACGCUGUGAGAAGGAACCAGAAUGGCAGUAAGCGCGCGGGUCACGGCGGCUGCCCGCACCGGCCCCCGCACCACGGCGGCAAAACGCAACAUUCACCGCACGGACUCCGCAGAAGAAGGCGCAAAACCUCCGCGACCGCAACCCUGCCGCAGCGACGCUUUGUGACACCGAAGGGUACGAUGGGCGCAGUGGGCUGGACGUUGCUCCUACUCUCCCAGAUGAUGGUGCCCGCGGCGUCCCAGAAGCCCCCGGGCCUCAGCGUGGGCGUGAUCAUGGGCCAGACGCGCCACAUUUCCGAUCAGGACCUCCGGCCCGCUCGGCGCCCCGACGACGCCCUCGACGUCUCCGUGGUGAUACUGCGGAUCAACCAGACGGACCCGAAGUCGGUGAUCACGCAGGUGUGCGAGCUUCUGACACGCACUCGCCUGCACGGCCUGGUGUUUGCCGACGGCACCGAUCAGGAGGCCAUUUCCCAGAUCCUCGACUUCCUCUCCGUUCAGACACAACUUCCAGUCCUGGGAGUCUACGGAGGCUCCUCUAUGAUUAUGGCUGACAAGGAUGAGAGUCCACGUUCUUCCAGUUCGGUGCGGCGGCUGCAGCAGGAGGCUCUGCUCAUGCUCUCCAUCAUGGAGGAGUACGACUGGCAUGUUUUUUCUAUCGUCACUUCCAAGUUCCCCGGGUACCAGGAUUUCAUCGGCACGCUGAAGAUAACUGUGGAUCACAGCUUUGUGCGCUGGGACCUGCAGAGCGUGGUGACUCUGGACGCCGUAGACGGCGACCCGAACUCUAAAUCACACAUCGCACUCAAGAGGAUCCAGAGUCCCGUUAUACUGCUGUACUGCUCCAAGGACGAGGCCGUGUACAUUCUGGAGGAAGCUCGCUCCCUGGGCCUGAUCGGAGCCGGUUACAUCUGGAUUGUGUCCAGUCUCACCACCGGCAACCCAGACUUUACCCCCGAGGUGUUUCCCCUGGGCAUGAUCUCCGUGUCCUACGACGACUGGGACUACCCGCUGGACACGCGUGUGCGUGACGGGGUGGGCAUCAUUUCCUACGCCGCCACCGCCAUGCUGCGGGAGAAGGGGGAGCUGCCAGAAGCCCAGAGCAGCUGCUACAGCACACCGUCAGACAGGAGCCCCGGGAAGCUCCCACCUAGCGCCCUGCGCAGACACAUGAUGCACGUAUGGAAUGAAGGGCGCGACUUGUCCUUUACUCCGGAUGGUUACCAGGCCAACCCCAAAUUGGUUGUCAUCGUCCUGAAUAGUGAAAGGAACUGGGAGAAGAUGGGCCGCUGGGAGAACGGGACGCUGUCGUUGAUGUUCCCGGUGUGGCCGAGGUACAACUCGCACGGGGACGAGGACGCGGAUGAAAACCAUCUCUCCAUCGUCACGCUGGAGGAGAAACCUUUCGUCAUCGUCGACAACGUGGACAUCCUCACCGGGACCUGCGUGAGGAACUCCGUGCCCUGCCGCAAGCACGUCAAAGAUAACAGCACAGCAGGAGGCUCCUACAUUAAACAGUGCUGCAAGGGCUUCUGCAUCGACAUUCUGAAGAAGAUAGCCAGGAACGUCAAGUUCACUUACGACCUCUACCUGGUCACGAAUGGAAAACACGGCAAGAAGAUCAACAACAUGUGGAACGGCAUGGUCGGAGAGGUGGUGUAUAAGAAGGCGGUGAUGGCGGUCGGCUCGUUGACGAUCAACGAGGAGAGGUCGGAGGCCAUCGACUUCUCCGUGCCCUUUGUGGAGACGGGCAUCAGCGUCAUGGUGUCGCGUAGCAACGGGACGGUCUCUCCGUCGGCCUUCCUGGAGCCCUUCAGUGCAUCGGUGUGGGUGAUGAUGUUUGUGAUGCUGCUCAUCGUCACGGCCAUCGCCGUCUUCCUCUUUGAGUUCGUCAGUCCGCUGGGCUUCAACCGCAACUUGGCCCAAGGCAAAGACCCGCACGGCCCGUCGUUCACCAUCGGUAAGGCCGUUUGGCUGCUCUGGGGUCUGGUGUUCAACAACUCGGUUCCGGUGCAGAACCCAAAGGGCACCACCAGUAAGUUCAUCGUGUCGGUCUGGGCCUUCUUCGCCGUCAUCUUCCUGGCCUCCUACACCGCCAACCUGGCCGCCUUCAUGAUCCAGGAAGAGUUUGUGGACCAAGUCACCGGGCUGUCCGACAAGAAGUUCCAGAGUCCUUACUCCUACUCCCCUCCGUUCCGCUUCGGGACGGUUCCCAACGGCAGCACCGAGCGCAACAUCAGGAAGAACUAUCCAGACAUGCACCAGUACAUGACCAAAUACCAUCAAACCGGUGUCACGGACGCGCUGGUCACCCUCAAGACCGGAAAGCUGGACGCUUUCAUCUACGACGCCGCGGUGCUGAACUACAUGGCCGGCAGAGACGACGGCUGUAAGCUGGUCACCAUCGGCAGCGGCUACAUCUUCGCCACCACGGGCUACGGCAUCGCCUUGCAGAAGGGCUCCUACUGGAAGCGCCUGGUGGAUUUGGCCAUCCUGGGCAUCAUAGGAGACGGUGAGAUGGAGGAGCUGGAGGCGCAGUGGCUGACUGGGAUCUGCCACAGCGAGAAGAACGAGGUGAUGUCCAGCCAGCUGGACGUGGACAACAUGGCGGGCGUCUUCUACAUGCUGGCCACAGCCAUGGGCCUCUCCAUCCUCACCUUCAUCUCCGAACACCUUUUCUACUGGAGGCUGAGAUACUGCUUCACCGGCGUCUGCACGGGGAGGCCGGGGCUGCUCUUCACCAUCAGCAGGGGUAUAUGGAGCUGUAUCCACGGCGUCCAUAUAGACAUGAAGAAAAAGAACCCCGAGCUGGACUUCAGUCCUCAAGCCAACAUGCUGCAUCUGCUCAAGUCCGCCAAGUCCAUGGCUUUGUCUUCUCCGAAACGCAACACUGUCCUCCUGCAGCCCAACAUCCUGGAUGUGAUGUCGGGGAAAGGUAACUCGCUGCACAGCCUGGCCCCGAAGGGUCCCGGUCUCUAUAGCAACGCCGCUGGUCCGCACAGUUUCUUGUCAUUGUCCGGACGACACAAAAACCUCCUGAACAAUGCCGCGCCGUUCCCCGGGCAGAAGAAAGCCCCCCCUCUCCAAACCAGCCCCAACAAGCCCCAGCUGUCAAUCACCAACGACAACGGCAAGACCCGCCUGGCGGGGGCGGGCCUCUCCGCCGGGCCGCAGGGCUCAAAACCGCGAGCCCUGUGGAAGAAGAGCGUGGAGACGUUGAAGACUCAGCCCGCUGCCGCAUCUCCGGGGCCGAGCCCCGUGCCGUCGUCCGGACCGGGGCCCGCGACGAUGAAGAGCCAGCGCUACCUGCCCGAAGAGCCGCCGCACUCCGACAUGUCCGAGUGCUCCAGCCGGCCGCCGUCGCACAAGGAUUCCGAUUCCGUGGCGGCGGCGAGGGCGGGCGGUUUCAAGCCUAUCAAUCAGCUGAGGAAGAGGGGAGGGGCGGGCGGGGGCGGAGGAUCCAAGAUCUACUCCAUCGACUCAGACCAGGCCAGCCUCCAGUCCGCUCCGCCCUACCAGCGAGACAGCCAGGGGGGAGGCGACGACCACAGUUACCCCCCUGACCUGUUUCCGCCCGACAACACGUACUCGCACACCCACACGCUCUCCCACCAGGCGGACGCACCCAUCCUGCAGCUGAGCGCCAGCCUGCUGCACCACAGCCACAGCGCAGAGGCCGACCUGCACUCCCUGAAGGACAAGAAGUACAGCACCUACACGCACAGCAGCUCAAAGGACAAAUCGGCCGGCUCGUUCGACACCCCGGGUGCAGGUCAGGGGACGCAGAGCGUCCGGCCCGGCCACUGUCGCUCCUGCCUCACCAAGCUGAGCGGCUACUCCGGCCUCUACACUGUCCGCUCGCCGGGGGCUCGCUGCGACGCCUGCGCCCACCUGGGGAACCUGUACGACAUCCGGGAGGAUCACCUGCACUCGCACUACUCCCACCCGCACGCCCACCCGCACGGCGGGGACAUGUUCACGCACUACCUUCCGCAGAGCGAGCUGGGCCUGGUGGGCGAAGGGGACGGGCUGGUCAGCCACUUCGAGCCCCCGCCUUCCUCCCCGUCGCCUCUGCCGAGCGCCUCCUCGGCACAGCACCUCCAGCUGAGUCGCCAGCACUCCUACGAGAACGUGCUGCCGGACGGCGUCCCCGACCGGCAGUCGCAGCUGCACUCCCACCUGCGGGGGCUGAGCCUGCCCGACAGAGAUAGGGAGAGGGAGCUGACCCUGGACGAGGGGGCCUACGCCAACGUGCUCACCAUGCGCUCCGAUCGACCGUUCAGCAGCCGCAGCCCGCCGUCUCCGUCACCCUCGCACCACCACAGCCUGGACGCCCCCAUGGCCCUCCCCCGCCGCUCAAAGAGCCUCUUCCCCGAUCGGCCCUCCCACAACCCUUUCCUCCAGUCGGCCCCCGGCACGACACAACGAGAUCCCUCCCCCCAGGCUGUCGCGCGCAUGCCACAGAGAAGUUCCGCCCACGAGCUCUAUAAGCAGCGGAUGCCGCUGUCGCUUACCCUCGGUAACCAUGGCAGCCAUCACAACAGCCAGCAUGGCGGCCUUGUCGACCAACAGGUGUUCUACCCUCAGCAGGAGCCCCCCGUGGUGGCCUACAUGGUCCCACCCGCCGCCUCUCAGCCAAUGAGCUAUGUGACAGCGCCGCGGGCCUCGAGCGCCGGCGGCAACAGGCCCCGCCUCUACCGCCGCAUGCCCAGCAUCGAGUCCGACGUCUGAGGGCCGCGCGCAACAUGCGCACUCUCACGUAGAGACCCGCUGACACGCACGCAUGCGAGACGGAGGCGUGCGUGUGACUGGAACCAGACUGCGCACAGACACACACGGACACACACGGACACGUGCGCACACGCACACACGCACGCAGCGGGAGGACGCUGAGGUUUGCUCUGGACUUAAAGGUUAAUGCUGAGUAAAUAAAUGGUUGUUGCUUCAUCGCGCCCUCUGCAGGAAAGGGUCGGGGGGCCACAGGGACACAAGAUGCAGACUGCGUGUGAGUGUCGGCGUGUGCGCGUGCGUGUGUGUGUGUGUUACCAGCCUCGAGCUUCGGGCAACGAGGCGCAAACGGACAACCCGUCCGACGAGACGGACGGAACGGGAGGGACACUGUGCAACGCCGAUGGUGGGACCUGACGAGAGAUGCAACCGCUCGUGUUUGGAAGACGAGCCGACUUGUCCCGCCCCCUCACCAGCCUCUGGCAGACGAAGGGGGUCUCACAGAAAUCCCCUUUCUUUAUGAUAUCACACACACACACACACACACACACACUUAUUUUAGCUAAACACUCUGCGGGACUCUCCCAGGCUGGUUUCUACAGUCGGCCCGUACGAUGCCGGCGUGGCUUAGAGAGUAAACUCAAUAGUAAAUUACUUUCUUUGUAAUAGUCGAGACUGGGAGGCGGGCAGCUGGUCGGGACGAAGGCCUGAGGAGCGUCUGCCCGCAGAUGUACAAACACUCGAACACACACACGCGCGCACACUGUGUCUGUGUCGGGGGGGGGGGUUAAAACUACCGACUGUGUUGUUGUUGUUGUUGUUGUUGAUGUCAGUUAAUUGAACAUUCCAAAAAAGUGGACCGAGCGUCGCCCGUCAGGACGAGAGUGUGUGUUCUAGUGUUUCUAGAUCUAGAGUACAGUAUAGCAUCCUUGCUUCCUCUCCUAGCUAGCCUUCAGGUCUUAAUGCAUGCUUCCUACUGCCCUGUGUUACAGUGAAACUCCUAUACAGGGUCAUAUAUGCACACACACACACACACACACACACAUAUAUAUAUAUAUAUAAAUGCACACACACAUGCACAUACGCAGUAGUCUAGGAUAGUAGUUUAGGGUGUGUGUGUGUGUGUGUGUGUCGAAGCUAUGAGAUAGUUUCUCUCCGUGCACUUUGUAGAUUUUAUAUCCUGCCACCUGACACAGACGUUUGACCAAAAACACUUUUGUACUGAAAGAUGUGAAUAUUCUCAAUCAUUCGCUGGAUAGAUGUUUCCUUUUCUCUUAUUUCUCUUUAGCGUUGGCUUUUAGGGGCACCGUUGAUUUUCCAUUGUGAGGUCAGAAGCAUCAGAGUGUUGGAUAAUGGGGACAUUAUCAUACGAUACACACAGCAACAACCCUUAAGCUUUCUCUUAUUUCCUUAACUUUUACAGCGCUCACCCCUCCUUCAUCCGGCCUUCCCUUCUUCCCUCAUCAGCUUUCGUUCAUCCCCUUAAUCUCUCCUUCCAUGCUCCCUUCUAUUAUAGAUUGAGUAACAGAAGAAUAAAGUUCAGUCUUGGUGUUUUUGAAACACAACAUAUUGUUGGAAUUCACUUUAUUUCAGUAGAAAAAGCGUUUCAUAACUCUUUCUGUUGAGCAAAAGGCCUGCGGGCCCGUUGUCAUGCUUCCGUAGAGGAUUCGGAAAGCUGAGCGCGUCGCUGGUGCAGAUUUGCUCACCAAACGAAUCCUCCUGGACGGGCGUCAGGGCGCCUGGUGCUCGCGCGUCUCUCUGUUUGGCGACGAACAGCAGAGGGUCACGCGGCAAAGCGGGGAGUUUUGCGAAUUGACUCGUUACAGAGGCAACACUCACACACGCGCACGCACUCGACAAGCUGGCAAUGUGUGUAUGAGUGUUCUAGAAAUCCAUAUAUCUACUGAGUAAGGGCAUCGAUUUAUGAGCACAAGCAUUUUGAUGGAAAAAAGACUUGAUGUCCCAUUAGCUGAGCGUCUGUCUCUAUUCUCCUUUCUAUACUCUAUUCUCUCUCACACACACACACACACACACACACACACACACACACACCACACACAUAGCUCUAUAUAUAUUGGCUGCAAGGAAUGCAAGACAGUUGAAACAAAAAAAGGCACCUUUUUGAACGGCUGCCCCUCUUUUGGUAUUCUUACCAGGUUUGGUGUGUGAGUUAUAUGCACAAUAUCAGGUUGCAAUAUUAUACUUCUGUACAGAGAAAUCUUUGUUUUAAAUGUUAAAAACGAAUAUCAUUUGUUUGAUUUGAAUGGUAUUAAGUGUAGGAUUCAUUUCAAUAACAACGUGGCUUUUUAUUCAGCUUUUUUUAAAAGACCAAAAAAAAAAAAAAAAGACUGGCAUGUUUUUAGAUUCUCGUGUGAUUUCUUUCCUUUCCUCUGGUGUGUUGUUGGUUGGGACCUCACUGUACAGUCCUCACUGCCUGGUUAACACACUGGUUAACCCGUCCUGCUCACCGGCUAACUAGCCACACGUAGCUGGGUCUUUCAUCUGAAUCACGCUCAAUGAAUAAUGAGAGUCCGGCCUGCGUGGUGGAUACGAGCCCCCUCCCACCCACGUACUUCUCUUCCACUACGAGUCUGUGCUGUUGUGCGCGAGGGUGUGCGAGAGUGUGUACAUGUGUGUGUUUUACACCGUGCAGGCAUUUAUAUAAGUCAGUGGACGGUAUGUGUAACAAGAGGUUGUUUGUGGUGUGUGUGUGUUUGUACUUUUCUGUACUCUCUUUGGUUCGUCCCACACAUAACAUUUGACCCGGCUCUUACUCAUCUAACACAAAUACUACACACACACACACACACACACACAAACCCAUGUUGCGUCUGUACUGUCUUUGGUUAAGAGAGCACGUAGAAUGAGUUUUGUGCGUCCAACCGAUUUUUUUUCCACCAACCGAUUCUUUUGAUCAUUUCUUUUAAAUUGCAUGACGUGCUCGUGUUUCUGGUGGUACCUAUUUUGCUGCAACACCUGAGUUCUCCCCGAGUUGACCUACUGAGGCUACAUGCACCAACGCACCCCCCCCCCCUUCCACGACUCCCCACCCUGGUUAGCGACGCCACAUCCUGCGGCCUGUGAUGUCAGCAAAGGCGCCACGCUGGCUCCUGCACAACGCCAGCCGCCGGCGAGGAGCGCGCGGUCAGCGCUUCUCCGCUUGGGUGGCGACAGACAGGCGUCGUACGCGCAGCACCGGGUGGAAGGAGUGCGUUGGUGUGCAGUCCUCCGGGUCUCCCUGCCGUGUAUCUCACUUGUGUAUAAGUUCAGGGGUUUCUAAGCUACUAGUUGUGUUGUAAAUACUACCUUGUCACUCAGUACCUCUGUACAAUCUGUAAAUAAGUAAAGGUUACAUUUUUCUACUCGUG